CGGUUUAAGACCUGCCUACGUGAGAGACCCGCUCGCUGUGACAUACUGCUGCUGCCACUGAGGUCGGUGGAGGCACUCCUGCUGGCGCUCUCCGUUUGAGAGAGAGGUGCUUAAGGCACGAUAUUUUCCAUGAGCUGUCCCAGACUUUCAGAUUCACUUUCCCCACCUCUUGGUCCGAAAUCACCUGAGUCUGUUGGUCUUUAUGAGCACACUGCACAACCCAUCAUGUUUGGAGGGUUUUGGGGAGGGAAGACUGUAUGUUGAGGUCUGGGUAAGAUGCCAAAGCUCCAGGGGUUUGAGUUCUGGAGGAACACAUUGAGAGGUGCUCACUAUGUAGUUGCUCCCAUGGUGGAUCAGAGUGAACUAGCUUGGAGAUUACUGAGCCGUCGCCAUGGAGCCCAGUUGUGUUACACGCCCAUGCUGCAUGCUCAGGUCUUUGUCAGAGAUGCCAAUUACCGCAAAGAGAAUUUGUACUGUGAUGUGUGCCCUGAGGAUCGGCCACUGAUUGUGCAGUUCUGUGCCAAUGACCCUGAAGUGUUUGUCCAGGCCGCACUGUUGGCUCAGGAUUAUUGUGAUGCCAUAGACCUGAAUUUGGGUUGCCCUCAGAUGAUUGCAAAGAGAGGUCAUUAUGGAGCAUUCUUGCAAGAGGAGUGGGCUCUUCUCCAGAAAAUGAUUUUGCUUGCUCAUGAGAAGCUCUCUGUUCCCAUCACAUGCAAAAUCCGUGUUUUCCCAGAAAUUGACAAGACAGUGAAGUAUGCACAGUUGCUGGAGAAGGCUGGCUGCCAGCUAUUGACUGUCCAUGGCCGCACUAAGGAACAGAAGGGACCUCUUGCUGGUGUGGCAUCCUGGGAGCAUAUCAAGGCUGUGAGGAAGGCUGUGGGCAUCCCCGUGUUUGCAAAUGGAAACAUCCAAUACCUCAGUGAUGUGGAAGAGUGUAUGCAGAAGACAGGAGCGCAUGGUGUCAUGAGUGCAGAAGGUAAUCUUCACAACCCAGCUCUGUUUGAGGGACGAAACCCUGUGGUAUGGGAAAUGACUGAGGAGUACCUGGAGAUAGUGCACCAAUAUCCUUGCCCACUGUCUUAUGUCAGAGCUCAUCUCUUCAAGCUCUGGCAUCACACGCUGCAGGUUUACCAGCAGCUUCGUGAAGAACUGGCAAAAGUGAAGACACUAGAGGGCAUUGCAGAUGUCAACCGAGACCUGAAACUACGAUGCCAGGAGGAAAUAGCUAAUCAGAAAGAAGGAGAGAAGCCAAAAGGAGGAUUGCCUUUCUUCCACUGGAUCUGUCAGCCAUACAUCAGGCCAGGGCCAAAGGAGAUGUGCAAGGAAAAUGGAACCAGUGGGAGUGAAGGAGGCAUGCGAGGGAAACGAGCCCUGGAGGAUGAGGACGAUGGAAACUCUGAUAUUCUCUCAAAGAAUAAACAAAAGAAAAAAUUGAGAAAUCCAAAUAAAUGCUUUGAUCCAUCUUUGAAACCUAAAUAUGCAAAAUGUGAUCAUUGUGGAAACCCAAAGGGUAACAAAUGUGUGUUUAAUCUGUGCCGCGGAUGUUGUAAGAAAAGAGCAUUUAAAGAGACUGCGGACUGUCCAGGUCAUGGAUUACUUUUUAAAACCAAAUAUGAAAAGUCCCUUCUCUGGAAAAGUGGCCAAACAGAGAUGCAGGAGAUUGAAAGGACACAGAAAGGAGAUGUGGAGGAAACUGCUGGACUGAAAGAGGGUAUCGACACUGUACCGUAAGCCUUCAAACUAGAUUCUGCUUGAUCUGCGUCUCUGUUUCCCUCGGCCAAAGAAUCUGCCAUUUCCAGAGCACUAUCAGAAACCUGGAGUAGUUCCACAGGUUUGUUCUAAGGUCGGAUGCAUUUUAUUUAAGGAAAAGCUGCUUACUCAGGGAAAUAUCCUGCCUUUGAAUAAAAGGAUGCAACUAAAGUUCUCAAUGUCUUUUAAAGGACUCAGCCAGAACCCUGGCUUGAAAAUGCUGCACUGGGGUGGGGGGAGAUGAUGUACUAAAGUCAUGAACUGCCUGUUGUACAUUAACCCUUCAUGUGCUGUUUUAAAAGUGGGGAAUAAAUCUUUGAUAUUAGAA